AUGUUGCUCUCAAAAGGUCUUCCGAUCAACCAAGACAGUAUAAUGUGGAAUGCACUUUCCAGAGCUGUUGCAUUGAAUCAGCACGAGACCAUUGAAAUUCUGAUCAAUCGUGACCCUAAAUCCGAUUUGGAAUGCGUUGUUGGACAGUAUACUGGAGAGGAAGCCUUGAUGGGAUACACAGCUCUCCAACUUGCCUGCUACUGGUAUGAUUCGAAAUGUGUCAAGCUUCUCGUAGAUGCUGGGGCCAAUGUAGGUUUCCGGAAUAGCUAUGUCAACGAGAAGCGACAGACUCGACUCCAUUUCAUUCAAAGAGGUACAAGAGUUCCAACCGUCGAGCUACUGGCCGCAGCCAUGGCCCCAAUCGACACUCAGGAUGAAGAUGAAUAUACGCCACUGGCUAUCGCCGUCAGAGAGGGGAACUCUGGCGUUGCAAGGCAUUUUGUUGAGCGUGGGACCAAACAUCUUACAUAUAGCGUCGCUAAUGGCGAUUUGAGCCUUGUUAAAUUUCUCGUUGAUGCUGGGGCCGAUCGCGAAGCGAUUGAUCCCAAGUACGGCAAAUCAUUAUUAUACACGGCACUCGAUAUUAGAGAUGACUGGAGACUUAGGAGAAUGGUCAGGUAUCUUGCGGUUGAAGCCAAAGCACCUAUCAACAAAUUUGGUGGUGAGCUGGGGUAUCCUAUCAUUUGCGCGGCGAAUUCGGUCGAAUACCCUGUUACGCCUAUCACAGUUGUCAAGUUCCUCAUCCGGUGUAAGGCUGAAGUAAAUGUCGCUGACAGCCAAGGCAGAACCGCGCUACAUUUUGCAUGUGUAUCAGCAUCUCUGGAGCGUAUGAAUGCCUUGGUAGAGACCGGUGCGAAUGUUGACACAAAAGACAAGUUUGGUCGAUUGCCGAUGCACUUUGCGGCGGGAACGGAUUCAACGGAUUCAACGAAUAUCGUCGCAUAUCUUUUAGACCAGUAUAAAGACAUGGAUAUUAAUGUGGCAGACCAAGAUGGCUGGACUCCUCUGAUACAUUUGCUGGAACCCAAUGAGCGUGCCAGAGUAACCUCUGAGGGCAUAGAGGAGGAGUGGGAUGAUAACUUCCAUGAGAUUAAGCCGGGGGAUAGGAAACCCUAUGGUUGUGACAGCUGUUUUAUGGACAUUGUAGGUCGCCAAUGGCAAUGCGUCGAGUGCCCAGUUGACUCUUCGCUUUGCUUCGAAUGUUUCGAUCACCGAUCCGACUUGCACGAUCUGACACACACCUUUCGGGUUAUUGAGCCAUUAUAUCGUAAAGAAGACUCGAAGGGCGAUGAAGGUGCAGCGGCUGAGGCGAAGAAUUCUGAUGGCGAAGAUUUUGACCUCGACGGGGAUUACUAA